AUGAAUCUGGAAGAGCAACGUUCAAGUUGUCCAGGUUUUUUAGAUGAAUAUGGUAUAUGGAAUAAUGGUUUUGAAUGUCCAUCAUUAUCAAGUCAAAAACGUAUAUGUUGUGGAUCAGAUUCUCGUCGUUAUUGUUGUAUAUUAGAAAGUUCACAUACAAGUUCUUUUAAUUCAUUAAAUCUUCAAGAAAAGUCAUUCUUAUUGACAAAUCAAACAAAUGUAUCUUUGAUUGAAAAAAUUAAUUUAACUUUCUUAACAUUACCUAUUCUAUUAACAUGUAUAUUAAUAAUUAUCCUUUUAUUCUUAUUUAGUCUAAUAAUUUUAUUAAUAUUUUAUCGUCAUUAUAAACGAAAUAAAAAUCAUCAAGAUGAAUAUUUAUCAACAAAUCCAACAUUACUUGUUGAUCAUUUUCCAUUUUCACCACCACAUCAUCAAUUAUUUUUAAAAAAACCUAAUAAUCCUCAAACAUAUCUUUUGCAUGAAAAACCAAAAGAUACAUUAACAACAAGUACAUCAUCAUCAGCUCGUAUACCAUCUGAAAAUUAUUUUAAUGAUUGGAAAGAAUUUUUUAUUAGUUCAGAACAGCCAAUGAAUAUUUAUCCAACAGCAUCAUGUCAUAGUAGUGAAACAAACGAUAAUCAUUCAUAUCUUUAUUCAAAUUAUCUAUUUCAUGGCAAGCAUCAGCGAAAUGGUAUUAUUGUCUAA